GAACACACCUGAGAUGUUCCGUGGGUGUUUUUCAGAGAGACGCAGAGCUCAGAUCAGCCAGGCUGAAGCUUUUAUAUUCAACUGUUCUUUAUUCAAACAGGUUCCAAGAAGAAGAAGAAGGGAUGGGUCAGGCUCGCUCCUCCACCUGUCCUCAGGUGGUCCUGAUGGGUCUGGACGCUGCUGGAAAGUCCACUCUUCUGGCCAGACUGCUGACAGGACAGGUGAUGGAAACGUCGCCGACUGUUGGAUUCAACGUGGGAACUUUGGACCUGGACAAGAAGACGUCUCUGAUUGUGUGGGACGUUGGAGGACAGAGGAACAUGAGACCCAACUGGAGGUACUACCUGGACGACUGUAAGGCUCUGGUCUUCGUAGUGGACAGCAGCGAUCCGGCUCGGCUGCCAGAGGCCCAGAAGGCCCUGAAGAAGGUCCUGAGUGACGAGAAGUUACGAGGAGUCCCUCUGAUGGUGUUGGCCAACAAGAAGGACCUGUCCAACUCCAUGACCAUACGAGAGAUCUCCAACCACCUGGAUCUGCCCAGUUACAGCGACCGAUCGUGGGAGAUUCAGGCCUGCAGCGCUCUGAAGGGCCUCGGCCUCCAGCAGGCCUUCCUGUCCGUCAGCAAGCUCAUCAAGAAGAGCUGAGAUUGGUGUUGGGGGGUCAGGGGUCAGGGUAUGAAGGAGAGGACGACUACAACAUUUUAAACUUUUCUUAUUUAAAGUGAAAGAACUUUGCAGAUUGUCUGAGCUGAGUGAAAAACAGGAACAUGUAGAGUCAAUAAAGAUGAUUGAUUGAUGAUCAGA